GGCGGCGGCGGCGGCGGCUCGGGAGACGGAGGGCGAGGGCGGCGGCAGGGGGAGCGCGACCCCGCCCGUCCAGCGUUGGCCUGGGGCUGGCCCCCCUCAGCCCCGCCCGCCCGCCCCGGAGCGCACCGGGCGGGAGCAGGCCGGGCCGGGCCUCGGGGCCUGCAGGGCUCGCCCCGCAGACGGCGGCAGCACCGGGAGGACCGCCGGGAAUCCAUGCGAAAGAAGCUUCAUUCACACAGAUGAGCCCCUCAGGGCUGAUGCGGCACUUUAGGCCCAGAUAGCUGGUUGACCACCUGCCCAGCAGAAUGCCGUCCACCAGCCGAGCGGGCAGCCUGAAGGACCCGGAGAUUGCCGAGCUCUUUUUCAAAGAAGAUCCAGAGAAGCUCUUCACAGACCUGCGAGAGAUCGGCCAUGGAAGUUUUGGAGCGGUUUAUUUUGCACGGGAUGUGCGCACCAACGAGGUGGUGGCCAUCAAGAAGAUGUCUUACAGUGGGAAGCAAUCAAAUGAGAAAUGGCAGGAUAUCAUUAAAGAAGUUAAGUUCCUCCAGCGGAUUAAACAUCCUAACAGUAUAGAGUACAAAGGCUGCUACCUGCGGGACCACACAGCAUGGCUUGUUAUGGAAUAUUGUUUAGGAUCAGCAUCGGACUUACUAGAAGUUCAUAAAAAGCCGUUGCAAGAGGUGGAGAUUGCUGCAAUUACCCACGGUGCUCUCCAAGGGUUGGCAUACUUGCAUUCCCACAACCUGAUCCAUCGGGACAUCAAGGCAGGAAACAUUCUACUGACAGAGCCGGGCCAGGUGAAGCUUGCUGAUUUUGGAUCUGCUUCCAUUGCGUCGCCUGCCAAUUCAUUUGUGGGGACUCCAUACUGGAUGGCCCCAGAAGUGAUUCUAGCCAUGGAUGAAGGGCAGUACGAUGGCAAAGUUGACGUGUGGUCUCUUGGGAUAACAUGCAUUGAACUAGCGGAACGGAAGCCUCCGUUAUUCAACAUGAAUGCCAUGAGUGCCUUAUACCACAUAGCGCAGAACGAAUCCCCCGUCCUCCAGUCCAGCGAGUGGUCUGAUUAUUUCCGAAACUUUGUAGAUUCUUGUCUCCAGAAAAUACCCCAGGACAGACCUACGUCAGAGGAGCUCCUGGAGCACGUCUUUGUCCUCCGAGACCGCCCUGAAACCGUGUUAAUAGACCUCAUCCAGAGAACCAAGGAUGCCGUCAGAGAACUGGACAACCUUCAGUAUCGCAAAAUGAAGAAACUCCUCUUCCAGGAGGCCCACAACGGACCAGCGGUGGAAGCCCAGGAGGAGGAAGAGGAACAGGACGCCGGUGUGGGCCGGACAGGGACCGUGAACAGUGUCGGGAGCAACCAGUCCAUCCCCAGCAUGUCCAUCAGUGCCAGUAGCCAAAGCAGCAGCGUUAACAGCCUGCCAGACGCCUCUGAUGACAAGAGCGAGCUGGACACGAUGGAGGGGGACCACACGGUCAUGUCCAACAGCUCCGUCAUCCGCCUGAAGCCGGAGGAAGAAAACUACAGGGAGGAUUCAGACGCUCGACUGAGAGGAUCGGAGCCGCAGUCUCCCCCCCAGGGGUCGCGCCACAGAUCCCAUUACCGCAACCGAGAGCACUUUGCUACCAUACGCACAGCGUCGCUGGUGACGAGGCAGAUGCAGGAGCAUGAGCAGGACUCGGAGCUGCGGGAACAGAUGUCCGGCUACAAGCGCAUGCGGCGGCAGCACCAGAAGCAGCUGAUGGCCCUGGAGAACAAGCUGAAGGCCGAGAUGGAUGACCACCGCCUGCGGCUGGACAAGGACCUCGAAACGCAGCGCAACAACUUCGCUGCCGAGAUGGAGAAGCUCGUGAAGAAGCACCAGGCGGCCAUGGAGAAGGAGGCGAAAGUGGUGGCCAACGAAGAGAAGAAGUUCCAGCAGCACAUUCAGACCCAGCAGAAGAAGGAGCUCAGCAGCUUCCUGGAAUCCCAGAAGAGGGAAUACAAGCUCCGCAAAGAGCAGCUCAAAGAGGAGCUGAGCGAGAACCAGAGCACCCCCAAGAAGGAGAAGCAGGAGUGGCUGUCCAAGCAGAAGGAAAACAUCCAGCACUUCCAGGCGGAGGAGGAGGCCAACCUGCUCCGGCGCCAGAGGCGGUACCUGGAGCUGGAGUGCCGGCGCUUCAAGGGGAGGAUGCUGCUGGCGCGCCACAACUUGGAGCAGGACCUUGUCCGGGAGGAGCUGAACAAGAGGCAGACCCAGAAGGACCUGGAGCACGCCAUGCUGCUGCGCCAGCACGAGUCCAUGCAGGAGCUGGAGUUCCGGCACCUCAGCACCAUCCAGAAGAUGCGCUGCGAACUGAUUCGGCUGCAGCACCAGACCGAGCUCACCAAUCAGCUGGAGUACAAUAAGCGCCGGGAGAGGGAGCUGAGGCGGAAGCACGUCACGGAGGUCCGACAGCAGCCCAAGAGCCUCAAGUCCAAGGAGCUCCAGAUCAAGAAGCAGUUCCAGGACACCUGCAAGAUCCAGACGCGGCAGUACAAGGCGCUGCGCAACCACCUGCUGGAGACGGCGCCCAAGAGCGAGCACAAGGCUGUCCUGAAGCGGCUGAAGGAGGAGCAGACCCGCAAGCUGGCCAUCCUGGCUGAGCAGUACGACCACAGCAUCAACGAGAUGCUCUCCACCCAGGCGCUGCGCCUGGACGAGGCCCAGGAAGCUGAGUGCCAGGUGCUGAAGAUGCAGCUGCAGCAGGAGCUGGAGCUGCUGAACGCCUACCAGAGCAAGAUCAAGAUGCAGGCGGAGGCCCAGCACGACCGGGAGCUGCGGGAGCUGGAGCAGCGGGUGUCCCUGCGGAGGGCUCUCCUGGAGCAGAAGAUCGAGGAGGAGAUGCUGGCCCUGCAGAACGAGCGCACGGAACGGAUCCGGGGCCUGUUGGAGCGCCAGGCGCGGGAGAACGAGGCCUUUGAUUCGGAGAGCAUGCGCCUCGGCUUUAGCAACAUGCUCCUCUCGAAUCUCUCCCCCGAGGCCUUCAGCCACAGUUACCCCGGAGCGUCUAGCUGGUCCCACCACCCUUCUGGGGGACCGGGCCCUCCCUGGGGCCACCCUAUGGGGGGCCAGCCACAGGCAUGGGGGCAUCCGAUGCAAGGGGGACCCCAGCCGUGGGGCCACCCCUCGGGGCCCCUGCAGGGGGUGCCUCGGGGGAGCUCGCUCGGGGUCCGUAACAGCCCCCAGGCGCUGAGGCGGACGCCUUCCGGGGGACGGACAGAGCAGGGCAUGACCCGGAGCGCCAGCGUCACUUCGCAGAUAUCCAAUGGGUCGCACAUGUCUUACACAUAAUACCUUCCGUUCGGUGCCCCCGUGCAGGUGGCGAUUCCACCGGUGCUGUCUGCCCACAGGAACUGCUGACAGGCCUCUCUCCCCAGGAGCCGGUCCUGGGCAGUGCCGGCUUGGGGUGCUGCUCGGCGGGCACGUCUAUCGGGGCACGCACCACGUUCUGUGUUUGCUAUUUGGGAUGUCAUAGUAUUUGGCUGCAGAGUCGCUCUCUCGCCUUAAAAGCACCCGUUUUAAGGAAGCUACGUGCGGUCGGGGGGAAGAACUGCCUCCCACCUGGGGCUGGGGGGAGAGCAAGGUCCCCGCCUCUCCUGCAGCUGGAGAAGGAAGGCGAGUGGGCUCCCCCUUUCCCUCAGAGGGCAAACUGCCCCGCGGAGUCUCGGCCCCCUCUCUCCUGUGCCGGGCCAGCUGCCCCUGCACGCCUCCCAGAGGCUUCCUUGCGGAGAGAGGCCCAGGGAAAGCAGCUCCCAAGGGCCUUGCCAGUCGGAAGAGGCUGGGGCGGGCGCACCCCCGGCCCGCAGCCGUUCGCUGUCUCUGUUGCACUAAGAUGCGCAGCCUCGAGAAUUCAGGGCGCACGCGAUGGCUUGGACAGAACUGCACUAGUCAAAUGCACCUGCUAGAAGCCUCUUCGCAGUUCGGCCCAAGAGGCUGUGCCGUGUGUGAGUGUGUGUGCACGCGUGAGUGGGAAGUGGGGCAGGAGGGGAGGGGAGGAGAGCUUUCUUACGGCUUAAUACUGUGACAUCUCACCGAAGUUCAGCAUCAGGACACCUCACCGGGUCCCUGGCCCCGCCUGGCCUGCCGGCUCUCCUUCAGAAGCGUUGAGACCCACGGCCCGCCAUCCCCAGGCUCGAGAUCUCAUGAUGCCAUAAGCCGCCAGUACGCCACCAGGAGACCGGGAGCCCCCCCUCCUGACACUACAUUUGCCAGUUUUCAUUAGGCUCCUGGGCUUGCCACAGUUCUCUCGUUUAUACGUCAAACCGCAACGUUUGUCAGUGUUUGACUUGCUGCGGGGGCCCAGGCUGCUCAGCUGCUGCUGUGUUGCCGCCGGAGGCGUGGGUCGCAGGUGGGGCGGUGGCCACAAGUCCUCCCCCAACCCGUGGCGAGCGGGGCCGCCCGGUCUUCGCAGGUCAAGAGACCCAGCUUCCAGGGGGCCCUGGGGGAGGUUGCUCCGCUCUCAGGGUCCUGGGAGCCUUUGGUGCCAGGGCAGGGCAGGGGUCCCACUCCGAGCCCCCACAGGGCCGCCCUGGGAGCAGUUGGCCCGAGGCUUGGUCAGAUCACUACCAGCUGCUCCCCCUGGCGUUCUGUUGUACAUUAGUUUCCUUGCACACGUAAACAAACACUAGCUACUAACUUUAGGAUUUGCCUUUUAACACACCUAUAGGGCUCAGAAAUGUAAAGGUUUUUUUUUAAUGUCUUUACGUGACAUACUUGUAUAGAAGAAUAUAUGCUUGUGUGUCACACUUUUGCUCCUUUUUUAAUCAGUGUGACUUUUAAUUUUAGCUAAAUUAAAAACCCCUUCAGGUCCUUUGGUUCAGCUGCAUCUCUCUCCGCCCCACUUUGGCUUCUGACUGUGGAGGCCACAGGGAGCAGCGGGGGGCCUGGAGCCUGUCCUGGAAAGGGGGUGCAGAAGGGCCCCCCUCCUGCAUUGGGCACAGCUGUUCUUGCCCAGUGUGAUGUUCCUUAAGAGGGCAGGGCUGGGGGGGAGGAGCACAGCCCCCUUCUGUGUUUUACCCUCCUGGACUGAUGGGCCCCUGCCAAACUUCCACGGUCCUGAGAUAGCUGUGACCUCUCUGUGUGUGUGUGUGGGGGUGUCAGCCAGCUAACUGAUUUGUGGGGAGGGGCAAUCACUGAGACGGAAGCCAGAAACACCCCCUUUCCCGGCCCAUCCUCCUCCAAGGACCACCAAGCCCAACUCCCCAUCUACAUAACUGGUGAUCUGCUCAGCCUGCCCAGAGGGCAUCGUGUGAGGGAAGGUUUCCCAAGCCCUCGCCAUGCCUCCCAGGACAGGCACCCCUUCAGGAGCAUGGCGUAGGUUACUUGGGGGGGAGCAGGCAGGGUGCCCCAGUUCUGGCUCCCCCAGCCCUCCGCACCCCAGGAGUUGCACUCCAAGCAGCACUCGAAUGCGCGUGCAGCCCCUGUAGCUUUGCUUGCAUUGACAUUGGCCAUCCAGGUGAUGCAAUGUCAGUUUCCAUCGUGGCAUCCUUUUAACCGGGGAGAAUUGGGACAGAAGGGGUUCUCUCCCCCCCACUUGCCAUGUACAUCAUUCUGUGCCAGACCCUAGGCUAUUCAUGAAAUUAAUAUUUUAAGUAAAACCAUUUGCCAAACCC